AUGAUGAUGAUCGCCAUGGAGUCGUGGAGACAUGGUGACGAUGCCGUUCAUUACAGAAAGUUGAUGAUGAUGAUCGCCAUGGAAUCAUCUACACGAUUUACCAGAACAAAUCUUUUUAAGAACGCUUCACAGCGUCAAGUUCAGUCGCCAAGGCCUAUAGGUAGAUCCUUUCGACCGAUCGUCAAUGGAGCGUCACCAGACUUCCCUCAAAAUCGCACGGACAAACAUCACUCUGUGCGAAUGCUCCAGCAAGGUGGUGUCAUACUCGAUCACUCGAGUUAAGUUUGAAGACCUAGACCCUAGCCAGGAAUACUGGCCAUCCAUCUGUAGAGAUAAGGUCGGUGCAUUUUAUGGUGUUUAUUGCAAAGCACUAGCUCCUGCAGAGGACUCCUUGGUGACUCCUUAUGAUCUCAUAAAUGAGGUCUUUGCGAGGACCUACCAUUCCAUUCCAGCUCGUAAUCGGGGGAAUCUUGGGACUGCUGAGCAACAGCUUAAGAUCGGUAAGCGCAUAGAUACACAGAUUCUUCAAGAUCGUCUAGGCUUCCCACACCGCUUUGAAUGGUUCAAGGGAGAGAGCGCAGAUGAACGUGAUAAGAACAAGCACGUUCAACGUCGUUGGCUAUGGAACAGACGCAUUCGGAGACGACUUGCCACAGGCACAGGUCGCAGAGUUGGCGAGAAGUGCAACAAUGACAAAGAUUGAAGAGAGACGUCUCGCAGCCCGCAAGCGCCGUCGGAACUGAUAGCAGGCUGAUAGAAUUGUCAGUCAAGAUCACAGCGUACGACAAUGAAAAUUGCGAAUUGGUUUGAAUGAUUGGGGACUCAG